CCGCGUGCAGGUAGUCUCGUGUUCGUCCUCCACGUUUCUCGACGCGAUCGAACCUUUCCGCCCGAUUCAACACGAUUCCUCGGUCUUUAACGUCAACCCUCGCGAUAUCCAAACGUAUAUUCCAUAUACUCCGUAUACUGAAAACAUCGAAUAGAAGAGUGUUGAAGCGUCAAACGUUGGUAUUGUGCUUUCUUCAUAUCGCGGGUUGUUUCGGUACUUUCUUCAAUGAAGUAUAAAAACGAAGUUUCAACGCAUGAAAAACUGGUGAAUCUAAAAAUCCAUUGUAUGGAAGAGGGUUGUAGCGUGGAAUGUUGAUAGCGUGCGUUCAUCGUAUCGCGAAUUGCUUCGGUUACUUCUCGAUGAAGGAUAAAAACGAAGUUCCAAUGUGCAAAAGACUAUUGAAUUUAAAGAAAUGUCUUCGAAGAAGUUGAUGUUGUUAUAUGGAUCUUUGUAAUGGCAGAGUGGAUGUUUUGUGGACGUUGGCGAAGGAACAAGUUACCGUUGAUCGUGGUUUCAUAGUGUUUACGUGAGCUGGGUCGGCUGCAUCUUAACGGAGGCAAUGAUUUUUCUGUGGUUUGACGAGAACGAAGGAAAGCUGGAGAUUUCUUGAACAAGUAGCUUGAUCGCUGCCAAGUGCGUCGUUUAGAUUGUUUAGAGCGAGGCUGAUGCGUUACAGCUAAGAGAUAGCAGGAUUGUAACGUUAACCGUGAAAUUGGCUUUUUAAAAUCUCUUCUGGGCUUUAUACGUCAAUUUAUGAAUCUUUUAUAAAGAUUGUAAAGCGAAAUUGACGCGGACGAAGCGUUCAAUGAAUAAUCUACCACUUCUCUAAUUUCUAUUAAAGAAAAUUUGUAUUUGAAAAAAGAUGUAGGUUGCUCUUUGUGUUUAAAGAAGAUUGACAGACAAAUAUCUAAUACGUUAAUAAUUAUUCACAAGAAUCCGUGAAUCUGAGAUUAUUGAUCGAGUUGUAGACGUUUACCAUCGUUCUUAAGUUUCAUCAAGGGGCAUUUACAUUUGAAGAGAAUAUAAACAGCUGGAUACUUAAUACAUGUUUUUCUUAUGAAUCUAUGAAUUCUGGAGUGUCGAUCGAGACGUGCCAGCAAGAAUUUUAAAGAAACUAUGUCGGAGAAGGAACGGAGCACGUGGCACGCUGAAGUGGAACGAACGAAUCGGGGGAGAGACGCAACGAGUCGUUAACGCCCGGAAGAGAGGUUUCCUACUGAGUCAGGUAGAAUAUUCUAAAACGCUUCCUCGUUAUUACGAAUACAAUACUCGAUGAUUUUCUGUAUUCAAUUAGAAAAAAAUGCAAAAUUAUUAAACAUCGUAUUAUCGUGAGCGGAGAAACAGUUUUAUCAAAGAGAAUCUACCACGCUCCCUCGAAGAAUAUUUAUCUUGAAAGAAAAGUUCCCAAGCUAAAGGGGAAAGAAGCUAUGCGGGAUUUAUUCAGAGUGUGAAAGACCACUAAGCUUCGUAGAUCGAAGCGGUGACUUCACUUGCCAAACGAGUUUAUGUUUUUAAUCGAGUCUACGACUCGUCUGGCAACGGGUUCUCCCUCGGUACAUCCGGCAUGCAAUUGCUGGAUACGAAUCCUCCUUGGGUAUUCGCGGAGGAUCAUCUACCGGGCUCCCUUUCACGACGUGGCCACCUAUUUCCCGUUUGUAAACGCGUUUCUUUCUUGUCUUUCCUUCCGUAAAAAACACCAGCCUCGUGCCAUUCAACGACUACGGAUAUUUUCGUCAAUAUCGUAUCCGAUAAUUUAAAUAUCGCUUGAUACAUUGGCCCACACGUAGCAGAAGGUUAAAUCGUUCCAAAUUUUGCAACAAGAACAUUGAUUUAUAGAAUGAUACUAAAUUGAGAGCUACUAGCGAGGAGUAGCGUUGAGAAUAGCCUAAAAGUGGGAAUUUUGAUUAAGUUGUCCCGAAAUCAUUCUUAACUUAUGGAACGAUGUUAAAGAAAGAAAUAUCGGGGAAAGCAAAAUAGUACUCGAAAUAUCUGAAAAAGGUGGAAAAUUAAUAAUUGAAUUACUCGAAACGUCGCAGUAAGUCAUUUUUAACUGAAAGAGAGACGCUGAAGAAGCUAAAAUAGUAUUAAAAGUAUCUGAAGAAUAAAAAAUAUAAUUAAGUUGUAAAUACUAAAAAGAUUAAGACAGUACCCAUCAUAAACGUAAAUCUUGAUGAAAUUGAGCGAAAAAUUGCAGUAAGUCGAUACUAGGCUAAAGAUUACUAAAGAAGAUUACUAAAGUGAUAUCAAGAAUAUUUAAAAAGUGUGAGUUUUAAUAAAAUUUGAAUUUUAUUUUCAACAGGAAACUUUUAUAUAUAUCUUGUGUUGCUGUAAACUAUAAUAACAUUAGAAGAGAGGUAGAAAGUCAAUAGGAAGAAUUACAAGGUGUUAUUGGAAUCGAGAGGAAAAAAGGGAUCGACGAGGGUCACAAAAGGAAGAGAAGGUCCUGCGUGGCAAGUGCAACGAGCGGAUUAAGCGGACUAACGAAUCGCGCGUAUAGACACUGCAAACAGAACUAUCUCUCCGCAAGAGGAUCAGAGAGAGGAACCCGGCAGAGUGAGAAUUUGUAUUUGCUCGUGACCAGUCGUAGAGACAUGACACUCGGCUCGAACGUCGCUCUUAUCUCGAUUUUCAAACGCAAUUUCGCGCUGGGUGUGUUUCCACCGUUACGUGAUUCCGUGUGCUUUGCGAACUUUAGAAGAAUUUCGUUGACUGUGCGUUGAGUUUCAGCAAAAAUUUUUAGCAGAGACAAUCGUAUAGGUUUUGUUGGCAGAAAAACUACUUUUUUAAUUUCUUCAAUACGAUAGCUAGAGAGAAUUAUUUUUUGAAUUUUAUUCUUAGAAAUGAUUUUUGUCAGAAUUACUGUGAGAAAUGUAGUUGCUUAUUCUGAAUGUUGUAGAAGAAAAUAAUAAUUGAAAAGCAAUUAAAAAAACUGUAUGAAUGGAAUAAAAAUGAGAAGUGACUAAAUGAGAAAAAACAAAUUACUAUUAAAUGAAUGACGAAUAACAAUUUAAAGAAUGUAUAAUAUAUUCAACUAAAGAAUGUGUGAACAUUUUAAAGAAGUGAGUAAAGAAAAUAGACUUAGUAAAUUUUUAAAAAGGUGAUUUUAAAAUGAAACGACGAAGAUCAUGUUUCGUUUUACGGACUGAACAUCGCAGAAGAAAGUAUAAUUAAUCUCAAAGGAUUUCUGGAAGAAUAUCGGAACGAAGCUGUUCCUUGAGCAUCGUUUAAUAAAAGAUGGGACGAGUAGACUCGAAACGAUUUCGAGAGGUGACGUUUUAAGAUGAAACGGAGACACUUGUAGUCAGUUUCUGCGGUCGAGAGAUAUUGCGGAAGAAAAUGUUGAAGUGGAUAAAAGUUCGUCAGGACGCGUCGGCGACGCCGACGUCGCUCGAUCACGAAAAGAAGGACGAGGUGGUGGCAAAGGUCGAAGUUGAAGAAGCGGCGAAAGAAGAGGAGGAAGACAGUGGGAUGGAAAGGGAGGAUACGCCAUCCAACAUCGAGUUGAACGAUCUACGAAAAGACCUUUUCUCGCAGCUGCAGUUUUCGCAAGAGAGCGCGCUGCCGCCCGACACGCUGCGCCGCGCUCUGGCCGAGAGCUUUCUCGACCAGCAAAGGUUUCAGCUCGGAUUCAUGGACGACGCUGCGGAAUGUUUCGAAAACAUUCUUCUGCGUAUACAUCUUCACAUAGCCAGCGGAGAGGCGGAAGACAUGUGCAGCGCGAGACACUGCGUGCCACAUCAGAAGUUCGCCAUGACGUUGGUCGAGCAAAGCGUUUGCGGAGCUUGCGGCGCAACCUCGGAGCCUCUGCCUUUUACACAGAUGGUUCAUUACGUGUCAGCGUCGGCACUGACGUCGCAAGCUCGACAGACACCUCCGAAUUCGCGAAACAGUCCGGAUCUCUUCGGUCAGCUCUUGCGAAAAGCUGGAGGCAUGGGCGACAUCAGGGACUGUCCCAGCUCCUGUGGUGCGAAAAUCCAAAUCUGUCGGACCCUGAUGAACCGACCGGAAAUCGUUUCCGUCGGAGUCGUAUGGGAUAGCGAACGGCCGUCGUUGGAGCAUAUCAUGGACGUUUUCGCAACCGUGGGAACGUCCCUCAGAUUGAGCGAUGUUUUCCAUAGUGUAGUGGACUCUCGAUGGGGUGCCUCGACCGUGCACAAUCUCGUUGGAGUCGUCACAUAUUACGGGAAACACUACUCCACCUUCUUUUUUCACACUAAACUGAAGGUAUGGAUUUACUUUGACGACGCAACCGUCAAAGAAAUUGGACCACGGUGGGAACAGGUGGUGGAAAAAUGCAGAAGAGGCAGGUAUCAACCGUUGCUUUUGCUGUACGCAACUCCUGGAGGAACUCCAGUGAAUACGGAGAAUGCCCCGAAAACCGUGACGCCUUUUCCGAACGGAAAUGGACUGAAGACACCCCCGAAGAAUAAUGUUCGACGAUCGAUCACGCCCAGCCCGGAAAAACCAUCGAUCAACAGUACCGCCAGACGUGCCAUCACACCAAAUCCUGAUAGUCCUCCUCACCCUUAUACGCAACGCAGGAUUUAUAGUGAUUAUCAGAAUCUGACGGACAUUCAGAACAACAUCUUUGGAAAUCAGGGUGUUGAUACCGUCGAUGGAGAGGCGGAAUCCAAGUAUAUCAGUCGACGUGCCGUGGAAAACGUGAUGCAACAGCAGAAGAAACAGCAAAUGCAGCUGACACGUAGUCUAAGUGCAGGAUCGACACCACAGGAUGCUAUCAGUAUUCCUGACCACUUGAACGUACCACGGAGGCGAGAUUCUGGAAACUGGUCUGGUGACCGGAAUAGCGCUUCCUCGAGUUCCUCCACCACAAUGGAUAAUCCGUAUUUGUACAUCGUCAAUAAAAUGCAGAGGAACUCGGGUGUGCCAAAAAGCCCGACCAGCAAAUCUGGAGAACUCUCAAGUAGUAGCAGUGGCCAUUACGACGCUGGAUACGACUCGUAUUCUUUGUCGUCCACGGAUAGCCUUCCGCUCCAGCAAGGGCUAAAGCAUAACCUGCAGCUUGCCCAGAUUCCGGAAGGCUACCAAGCUUCCUCAGGCGACGACUGCGAACGCCUCUGCAAAGAAACCGACGCACUCUUGGACAAAUCUCGAGCUGCUGAGGACGCGGGCGAUCUCAGCACCGCGGUCGCUUUGUGUAGUGCAGCCAGCAGUAAAGCUAGAGCCGCCAUGGAUGCACCGUACAACAACCCUCACACUAUCAGAACAGCAAGGAUGAAGCACAAUACUUGCGUGAUGAGGACCAGGAGUCUCCACAGAAGAAUGUUGCAGGAACAGGCAACAGCAAAUGGAGAAAAGGAAGAAGGAGCACCAGAAAGUAGACAUUCACGAGAGAACAGCAAAUCUGGCCAACACUCUCGACAGAGUUCCAGGGACAAAGGAAAUCAUUCCCGACAAAACAGCCGAGAACUCCUAGUAAAUCCUCCCUCUACAACUACCGACAAACCUGCCACAAAGAGCAUCGAGAUCUACGCCACGUUACCAAAAAAGAAGACCUUACGCAGCAAGGCAACAGCCGUGAAUGUGAUCGAGGAUGAGGAAUACAUGUUAUACGAUCGACCAAUGCAAAGAACAGGAUUAUUCAGUCGUACCAAACGUUGUGACGACGAUAAGAAAGACAAGAAACGAGCUCGAAGUGAAGAAAGAAACAAAAACAUCUCUAAAGACUUCUCCAUCGCUCCGUCCCGUUCUUCUCCCUCGCCGAAAGGAACCAAAGUGGAAAAAUCUAAAGAAAAUGACACGAUUGCCAAUAAUGUACGAAAUUCUCAACCGAAUAACGCCAAUGGUGAACAAAAACAAGGCAAAAAGCAACACAAAAUUAGAAGAAAAUUAUUGAUGGGUGGGUUGAUCAAGAGGAAGAAUAGGAGCAUGCCAGAUUUACGAGAAGGCCAAGAUGGACAAACAAACGCCAGCGUGGAGGGUACCUCCAACACUUUACCGAAGCAGUCAGUGGACGAUUCAAGCGUUGGUUUAAAGGGAAACGAGGUGUGCCAAUCUCUGAGUGGCUAUUUAUCAGAAGGACACCUAGAGUUUACUGGAAAUAGUAAUGGCAGCCCAGGCAGUACUAGUAAUCCAAAUUUGGAGAGAAGUCGUCUAAUGAGGAAGAGCUUCCAUGGCAGCGCCGGCAAAGUGUUACACGUAGCGAAGGUUCCUCCGCCUCCUCCGCUCAGGACCACUUCUCAACUUAGCAAGUCUAAGUGUUCGGGCGAAGUGCACAACGAGCAGCAAUCUGAAAAAUCGGUCUAUCCAACAUCAGAAAGUCAAUGUACUUCUAAUCCAUCUCAAGAUCAGAAUGGAACAUAUUGGAAUCAUGUAAACGCGACAAAUUCAGCUGGUGGAGCUAAUAGAACAUCUAAUUACACCGAUUACUCGUCCGAGUCUCAUUCUCUUCCAUUCUUACCCUCUUAUAGUAUGGAACAAAAUGGCGCGAAUGUACCAACGUCCUGCCCGUCGAAUUAUAACAGCAAACCUAGAAUUCAGGAUGACGUGGUGCAGUAUGCUAAUGGAAUCUUGUACGAACCUACGUUUGUGGUUACCAGAGCGGAUGUGCACAAUGAACAGAGUCCUGUGAAACAGCAAAAUCAAGUGGAUUCUCUGCCUCCAUAUCCUGAAAGUGGAAAUGUUUCUCAUUCGAGACAACCCAGCGAAGACUUCCCCCCUCCGCCAUAUCCUUCUAUUCAUUCUGUAUCUCAUUCGAGGCAAGCUAGCGAGGACUUUCCACCACCGCCACCUCCUAUUGAUGAAAGCUCUAACAAUGUUCAUGAUCAACAACAGUAUCAGGAACAGUAUCAACAUCAGUAUCAGCAGCAACAGUAUCAGCAGUAUCAACAACACCAGCAACAGCAACAGAUCGUACAUAUGCAGCAGCGUCAACAGCAGUUGGAUAAUCAGCAUAUUAGUAGCUUAUUGUCCCAGUUGCAGAUGAAAAGGGAUCAGAUUUUAGCCUGUGAAGCUCCAAGAGAGGAAAAGAGAUCCGAAGAACAGGAGGAAGAAGAAAAAUCAUCUGGAGAAACUUGGUUACGUGAGUUGCAAGCGAAACAGGCAGAGAGGAGGAUGAAGAAACAGGGUCCUCUUGAACAAGAUAUUCCAAAAGUUAGAUCGUCUGCUCCAACAAUUUCAGGACCAACUAUCGCCAGGAGAACGAGCGAUUUGAUGAUGAAUAGUCUUGGCCAAAAUUACGAUCAGUCCAGUCGGGAUGUGCCCGAUUGUCCAAGGGUCGUUUCUUCUGUUAAAGACAUGGCUGCUAGAUUUGAGCAAAUUAAGCUGCAACCAGUGCCUAAAACAGAACCAGACCAGAAAAUUCUAAUGAAGCAAAAUGUGAAUUGUGUUUCUCCUUCUCCACUGUUAGAUGCUCCUCAGGAUGUACAAGUGGAAGAAUCGAGGCCAAUGAAGCUAUCCACAGAAAAUGUGACGAACUUUACUAAAACUGACAAUUCCUCGAGUCAGUCGAUCAUGAAUUCGAGCUUCGAAUCUAGUUCCAGUCAGAACAGUUUUAUUUCCACUACAGCCCCGAAUAAUCCCAUGCAAACGCAGCAGAGCGGAUUAAAUCAAGCAAUCAUGUCGAUGUCUCUUACGCUGCCACACGAAAACGGUUUGCCUAUUGAUUAUCCAGAGGAUGACAUCAGCGAAGUUGCUAUGCAGAAUACCAUACAGAAUACGACCAUUCUACCAAGUGAGGACGAUAUCGCGCCAAGGAAAGUGAAACGACGAAUAGGAAAGAAGAAGAGCGUGUCGUUCUGUGACCAAGUCGUUCUCGUUGCAACUGCAGAGGACGACGAGAAAGAUUCUUAUAUACCUAAUCCGAUUCUGGAAAGGGUUCUACGAUCAGCGAUGAAUAAGCCAGAAACUGCUCAAGUCCUUCGAGAGAUUAGAAGUCUUCAGGAAGCGGAGAUGAAUAGAGAGAAUUGCACUGCCACCAAAUUCCAACAGCAGACUCUGCCAUUGAAAAGCGAAGCGGACAGUGUUCCUGCGACUCCGUAUCAAGAUCAGUUGAGAAGCGUAAAUCCUAUACCUAUACCAGACACGAUUAAACCUACUUUCGGAAGGCAAAAUUCAAACGAGUCGGUGGGAUCAUUGUCAGACAAGAAAUUAUGUGGUUCUUAUGGUAAUGAAGGGCAGGAUGUUGUCAGGGAUACCUACUCAGGACUUCCCAAUGUAUCCAAACCACCUACAUCGUACUCUCCCCAACUCCAGCAACAGAUAAGAUAUUCUCAGAAUGGAUACAUGCCAUAUUUGCAGUCUCAGUCAACGUAUCCCCAAGCACAGACAUCUCAUCCAAGAAACCAAGGUAUUCCUCUGUCUCAAACCCAGAAACCAGCCAGUCCUUACCCCACUCAAAUUCAGUAUGUACAGAAUAACGUGCAGCAACAAAAAGGAAUGUCCCAAAAAAGCAGCUAUCAGACUUAUUACCAGUUAGAACAACAACAUAAUCAGAUGAACAAGCAGAUGUCUCAGCAACAGCAACCUAACAUGAACCAGAGGAUUACUAAUCACAAUGCAAGUCCCAUAACUGUUCAGCAUUCGCAGCAGCAAUUUGUAUAUCCACCAACUCAAUCUCCGAGCCCUUAUCAGAACCAAUACAGCCACAGUUCCUAUCAAGGCUAUCCCUAUCAAUCUGUUCCUCAGCAGAAUAGAAUAAACCAACCUCUUCCACAGUAUCAGCCACCACCCAAUCCUCCAACUUCCUAUCAACAACAACAGAGCAUGCAGAAUUACCAACAAAGACACGAUAAUUAUCAGAGGGCACCGCAGAAGGCCGAUCAACAAAAUAUUUUGGCACCAAAUCAAACAUAUCCUAAUGCAUUGCAAAAUGGCCAAAUCCAAUCGAAUAUGAAGUAUCCUACGUACCAGCAUCCCCCUGUGUCUAAACAGAGCAAACAAAUGCAUUUUGUGCCCACGUCAAAGGGUAACCCGACAGUGGCACAAUCUACGUCUCCGUUACAAAAGCCCACGGUUGGUGGCACUGCAAGAACCGCGCCGUGUCAUCUCUGCCGGAAGAAACAGGUGACUGAACCUGCUAUUUACUGUUCAGACUGCGACUUUUACAUGUCUCGUUUCCGGCCAAAAAAUUGAGGUCUCUACCAUACAUGUUGACAGACAAAAUAUUAAUGAAUCGACGAGUCGAUUUGGUAGUAUGUUCUUUGUAGGAGAUGUAUAGACGAACUACAAUUAACGCGUAGGAUAGUACUGUCUAAGCUAAACUUCUUUUUUGUUAUGUUAAUGAUAUAAUAGGGGUGAAACACGCCCUUCCAUUUUUGUACAAAGUUAAGUUAGUCGUAGAUUUGAUGUAAUGGAAGACCUUCAUCGUGCAGCUACUAACUAGAUGUAUUCAUGUACUAUUGAUCGUGUACUUAGCGACGUUUGUAAUUUAUAGUGAAUCAUAUAUGUAGAAGGAGACAUGGUCUCAUAUAUGUAUCAGUCGUGUUUUUAUGUAACAUCAUUUCGUGGUUUGUACGUUAGGCUAACGUAACAGAUAUGUUUUCUCAAAUCUUGUAUCAUUUGUAUUCCUCGUGAUUCUGUUGUACAUAGAUUAUUUCUAUGUAGUCUUUAAGUUUCUUGUAAAAAAUGUCGAUGUAACUCUCUUACGGUUAGCUUUACGAGGAAGCGUUUCUGUUUUUCACGCAUACGCAUGUAUGAAAACGCUGCGAUUGUAUUUUCGUUCGGGAGACAGUUUGUCAGAAUUGUGAUACUAGCCAUGCUACAUAGAGUCUUAUCGUUAAACGUUUAGGAACCGUAUCGCGACGAAACGAUACGGAUAGUCGCACAAAAUCGUGAGAAAUAGAGGAAGCGUGGAGGGAACAUGAUCUCUGAUGAAAGCGUGAAGUUUAUAUUUUAUGUUGAUAGGUGUUGAUGUUAUAUAUAUUGUGUACUUAACGGUUACGUUGUAUUGUAAUAGUUGUCUAUGUGUACUAGAUCGAUGUACAAAUCCACACACCCCCUUCCCUCCAUUUUAUACGUUUUGUAUAAGUAUUUUGUUUUAAAAAUACUUGAUUUCCUCCCGAAUGACAUUGAAUAAAGCGCCGUCGAAAUAUUUCAA